CCCCCCCCCCCCCCCCCCCGCAGUGCCAGCAAGACCGCCAAGGACAAGAGCAACAGCGCCACCAUGAGGGCAGGGCACUGCGAGUCAGAGAAGGACUCGGGGUACUCUGACAGCAGCUCAGAGUACCUGCAGAUGGACUCUGAGGACCACCCCCCCCUCCUCCUCCUCCUCCUCCUCCUCCUCCAGUAGUGUGACUCAUCGCUCGGGGGGGCCUCACCCCCGUCUACAUCGUUAAGAACCUGGUCAUCAAACAGCCCCUGACAUUGCAGACCCACACUGGCUCCAUUCUCCACAACCAGCUGGCAUGGGGUGGUCCGUCAGCUCUGACCACAGUAAGCGGUCAGGGGGCCGCCCAGGUCCUAUUCAUCCAGCAGCCAGGAGCCGGCGCCCAGCUGAAACCCCCUUGCAAGAAAAAGGACACCUACCUCCCCAUCCUGAACGCCUACCCCCGCAUCGCCCCGCACCCCAUGAAGAGCCCUGACCAGAGGGCAGGGAAACCGGGAAAGCAUGGAAGCCUGGGGGGAGCGCACGAGGGGAAGAGCCAGAGCAAGAGAGUCUGUGUGGCGGACAGGAGGGAGUGGGUGCCCUCGUCCAAACUGCAGGAGAAGCCGGAGAGAAACCUCCAUCAACCUCCCUUGCAGCCCCUCAUCCCUUCAGAGAGCUCCGACCUGUGCAGCCUCCUCUCCCCCUGCCCCACGGAGCUCCUUGUGUCCGGGCCUCCUUCAGUCUUCAGCUCUGAGACUUCGUCUUCAUCUGCCUCUUCUCUGCUGACCCACCCUGUGGAGUCCUGGAGGGAGUCCAAGGCUUCCAGGAAGCAUGCCUCAGACCUGGAGAAGCAGCACCGCUUCCUCAACACAGUGGAGAUCCUGAACCGCUCCGGCCUGCUGGGCAUCACCCUGAGGACCAAGGAGCUGAUCCGGCAGAACCACAGCACCCAGCGCCAGAUCCAGGAGCUGCGGGAGCACACCAGGCUGCUCUGCCUGGCCGCCCGCUCCAACCAGCCUCUGGACUGGGCUCGGCUGCAGGAAGCCAUGGUCAGCUCGGGCUACAGCGAUCUCACGGGGGGACCUAGCCAGCACCACCGCCGCCACUGCUGCUGCCUCCAGCCCACAGCCUCGGGGACCAGCCUGGGAGGGAGGGGACCCCCCGGCUGCCUGCCACUGCCCUGCACAGCAGCAAGCAGGAUCCUGAUCACGCCUCUCUGCCUUCAGCACGGCGCUCAUGGUGAAUGCACCCCUGGGCAGCCUCUCCUGGAGGAACGGUUAGGUCAUCUGAUUGCCAUGAAAAGGGUGAUGCUCACCAAGGCUUGUUAGUAAGCUUUCCUCUUAUUAGCACUUGCAAAAAUAGCACCGCCUCCUUUAUGAGGAUUGCUGACCAAGGCUUAACAUUUUUUAUUUGCAUUAGCAGCAUACCUGCCUUAUGAGAUUAGACCACUGUAGUAAAUCUCACUUCUCAUACUUGAAGUGAUUAGGUACCAAGAAGCAGUCGCAACUUUUGAGUCUGUUGUGUAUAUUUGAAAAAUCUUCAUGGGUCUUGGUUAGCUGCUAGUGCUACUAAGAGGUAAGAAAAUGUAUUUCAAAGCCUUGGUGUGCACUCCUUUGAAUGGGGCAGUGACAGUGUUGUAAGUGCUUAUAGGGUGUAAGAGGAUGGAUUGAAAAGCCUUGGUUAGCUAAUGAAAAUAUAGCAAACCCACUUGAUUUUCAUGCACUUUUGUGUUAGAGUGGAGAGAUGAACAAGGGACCCUCUGCUCCAGACUCUCCAGAAGCAACAGAACACUGACCCGUCUGAGUGUCAGAUUGUGAUCAGCUCAGCACAGCCCAGUCCAGCAGCUCCUCUCAUCUCACUAAACUGGGCACAUUCUUAAACAGAAGAUAGCAAGUUUGAAACGUGUUUGUAACCAAAUAAAAAAAAAUAAAAAAACAUCACAAACCAUACAAUAGAUAAUGAUGUUCAAUGUGUAUACAUUGCUACAACAUAUAAAUAAUGCAUAUGGAAAUGAUUAGCCUAUGCUAAUGUUAGUGUGCAGCUAUAAAAAUGCUAAAAAUAGUGACAACAUGUAUUGACAGUGGUUCAAAUGUUUAGCAAAAUUCUAAAAGUUGAAUCGACUAGUUUUGUACACGCUAGAACAAAAAAAAGAGUAGUUCUUUUAGGGUGGCGAGACAUUUAGAAUUUCCAAGUAAUUCCCUUUAACGUGUUUGAAGUCUGCAGAUAUUACAGUUUUUUACGAUUGCUUUGACUCAUUUUUCAAUACAGCGACCCAAUGUGCACAACUCUUAACAUAAAAUGACAAACUGAGUGGUAAAAUGCAACCGUUUAGACACAUUUUUCCAUGCUAACAUACAACAUGCAUAACUGUAAACCACCUCUUCCAAUCAUAAAGUUGCCCUGUCAACCAUUAGGACUUAUGUCAAAUGCUAACAUUUAUCUGGUAGAGUUCUUAACUAUUUGAUCACCUGGUAACAAUUGGGGGUCAUAAUUGCAAAUAUCUUUCUCUAUGUGAGAAUGCAAGACAGCUUAAUUGAUAAUUAGUUCAUCACUACAUAAAGCUCUGAGGAAAUGGCUGUAGUAGUUAAAAUGGAGCUAGAGGAAGUUGCUGAUCGUUGUCGUGCUCGUGGUCACGGCCGCAGUCGUGCUCAAGGUCGUGGUCAACAAGAAAGGCGCAUUUCAGUGUCCAAUGAAAUCAGAGCUACAGUGGUUGACCUUGUUAUAAACGGGUUCAACUAUGGCAGACUCAUUUAUGUUAUUGUGUUUCAAAGAUUAAAAAGAAAAUGUUCAAGCAAAGUUUCUGAUGUUUUUUUGACACUAUUUGCUCUUGAUGUCUUUAUUGUUGCAUGGUUGACUCCACUGCAUCCAUUUUCCAAUGUAUACCGGAUUUUGACCAGUAGUUUGGGUUUUGGUCAUCUUUGGACUGCUACAUAAUAUAUGAUACAAUUGUGUAGAAUAUCACUGAAUGCUUACUGUACAUUCUUUAGAAUAUGUUUUAUUCUGUAGGUUACUAUCAUUUUGCACAUUGUAAUGUUGAUCAUUUGAAUAUGAUCAAAUGACACUUUUAGACUUUGUUUUGAUUUGAAUUAUUUUGUGUUUGACAGCAUUAUUUGCUAAUGGGUGUUUUAUUUAGCAAUGCUUCAAUGAUUAAACUUCAGUGAUCAAAGCAUCUGAUGUUUUGGUGCUAUGAUUUGCUUUUGCAUGAUGUAUUGAUCACAUUUGACAAAGUAGUAUUUAUUUUGCACUCUGCAUGGGAUUUUGACCCCAAAAUGAGCAGUUCAGCAUCUUGUGUUAAGAGUUAUGCACAUUGGAAUGCUGUAUUGAAAAAUGAGUCAAAGCAAUUGUAAAAAACUGUAAAUAAAACAAAGAAACAUGUUCAUUGAAAAAGUAAGAAGCAAUUACAGAAGAAAUACGACUGGUUUUGAUAGAUCAGGUCCUGACAAGCGAUUAGAUCAUUUCCUAUUAUCUCACACUGCAAGAAGCUUUUUUGUCAAUCGUUGGUACUCAGUAAUGUGGUGAGAAAGUCACCAUUUUGUGCUGUGCAGUUAGCGGUGCUUAACUGUUUUAAUUCAUAUCUGCAGACUGUCUGCAAAACCCUUAUUCUUAACCAGUAAAAUCAGUUGUAACGUGAUGAAUGCAUCGACUGAAAAAUCUUCAUUCCUGCUGAACGGUUUUGUCAAGAGCAAAAAGGACAUAUUUACUAUGGCAGUGAAUGGACCUGGAGAUCCUAAGUGCCUGCACUGAGCUGACCUGAAGAGAGAUUUAUUUGUGUAACUCAAGGACAGUACCAAACACUGCUUAUUGUAUUGAAUUGGUCAUUGUGUUUUAAGUGUGGGAGGCAUUGUGGUCUACUGGUUGCUGCUGAGAGUAAGCAGAAAAAAUACCUGUUUUGCACAAUAGCAAACAGGGUCAUAACUGUCGAUUAAGAUAGUUUCCUAUUUUAUCUUUUUUAUGGUUUACUCAGAGUAGACCAUCUUUAAAGUAAUUGUAGCUAACAAAAUACAUUGAAAACCUCAUUAAGAAAGAGGGAUAUCAUUUUUGUUUUGAGAUCUAAUGCACUGACCUUGAUUUACAGCAGCUCCCAUAAAGGGUUUGUUCUCCUCUGCAUGUUUAUUUAAUGCCUUAUUAAUGCCAUGCUGACAUUGGCGUAACCCUAAUCUGAUGAACCGCAGUGACGACGGUGCUGUUGUCAGGAGCGCUACUGUUUUGGUGUUUCGCCAUACGGGUUGCAAAAAAACUUUUUCUUACUUACUCACAUACCGUUACUGUACACUUGUGUCAUUCAACAGGAAACAGGAAAGCAUUGUACAUGGUCAUUUUUUCCCCCAUAUGAUUCAUAAUUUGCGAACUGGGUACAUCUCGCCUGUCAUACAAAAAGGUAUUAGAUCUGGGAUCUGGUCCAAUCCGGCACUAAUUAACCCCUUCAUUGACGUAUGCUUGAAAACACAGUGAAAAAACAAAGCAGCUUCUGACUGGAUUGUACAUAUAUAGAAACACAUGAAAUACCAGGACCCCAUUCCAGUCCAUUAUAGGGGUGCUGCUGCUUAGUGCAGGGCGAGUAAUGCAAGCUGGGUUCGAAUCCUCUUCGCCCCAAGUUGCUGAUCAGACAGGGAACCACAGGGUUAGGGAGAAAGAUCCACUGUGGAGAGUUCACCUCAUUGUGCUACAGUGACCCCUACUGGUCAUUCUGGGUGGAGACAUCCCAGGCAUUCAACUCCAAGGAUCAGUAGCUUGGGAAGAUCGAUGGCGAAGCACAAACCAUACGGUUUGAUGUAACUUAAAACGUGAGUAUCAAUGUUUCUUAAGAAACUGCACAGACGCCAAGUAUAGAACCGAUUACCAGUUGUUACAUCCUUUACAUGACAUUAAAUAGCCUUCUGCAUAGGUGUCUCUCUCCUCUUCUUCCUAUAACACUCAAUCAAUGGCAAAGGGACAAUGCAUUAUUAUUUAAUUAAUUUAUGUGUGUGUGUGUGUGUCUAGUCUAGUGUGGCGACCUCUGAACUUUCUUCAGACCCCUGGUGCCCAAAAAGGUCCAUACAUCUGGUUUUUGUUAUCUUCCUUGUUCCUAUCUCUCCGUUUUGCCUGAGACCCUUUGAGUCCAGUGGCAUUAUCUCUUAUUCUCCCUGUGAACCUUUGGGUCCAACGGCAGUCCCUGGGAGCCUUUUAGCUCCUUUAUGCUUUGUAUUCCAAAAGUCUUAGAGCCUGGCCCCUUCUGGUCCACAGCAUUGUUAUCUUGUUAGCUUGCAGUCAAUGUUGGACAAGAAGCUUGUGGACGCAAGGUCUCUUAUCAAUUGUUAGCAGUACAUGCAAUUUGAACCAAACAGUCUGCUAUCUGCAAUAUUAGUCUCUUUUUCAGAAAAGAACACCAGUAUAGCUCUGCCAGUCCACAUGCGUAGCAAACUGCUAAUCAAUUCUCGAUCUAUGUUUUCCAACAUGGUUCAAAAACAAAUGUGUUACAAUUCAACUGAAGAGCCAGCUCUGUAGUGCAGAGGCUAGUAUGGGUCUUAUGCUGAUCUUAGUAUUAUUAGGAAAUCUGUUAAGUGCAAUACUGUCUUGUGAGCUUCCAGAGGUGAGAGGAUUAAGGCAUGAUGAUAAGCCCCUUUUAAUGAUCUUAUACAUGUUAGAAGUUACUGGUGCACUCGAGUUUUAGACAUAAUCCAAAAAGGGACUAUAAUAACACAAACCCCACUGUGCAGAAUUGAUUCCUUCUAAUAUUCUGAAUGACUGCCAACACCUCUCCCAUUAGGGCAGCCCGUUUAUCGUCUGUGUAUUAAUUCCAUUUCCCUUAUGAAUGUCCUAAAUGUUUUUUUUAACUUUGUCGACUUGCUUUUUCUCAUUUUUUGUAUAAAAAGCAGCAGCGGAGGGUAAUUGCUUCUCAUCAGCUUGUCUCCAAUUAAUUUCACGAGUCUUCCUCUCCAUUCUCAAAUGCACAAACCCGCUGCAUUGAAAGAAUCCCAUUCCCAACAUAGGAGGCUUGUUGCUAGGGAAGUGACGUCACUGCCCUGUGACGUUUGCUACAUUGCUGCCUGCUAAAUGAAAAACUCGCUUCAGCAAGUAGAUAUUUAAUUUGCUUUGUGUUAUUGUGCAAUGCUUGUGUAUAAGAUCACAGUCUGAUAUUAAUGCUUUGUUUUUAAUUAUUUUGUUUGUUUUUGUUUUGUGCAGUACAAAAUAAAAUGAACAGUUCAGCCUAGUUCAGUUUAGUUCAAUUCUAUUCAGAUUAGCUAACUUAGAUUUAGAUAACUCCAGCCUCUGGUUUAAUUCAGUUUAGCUAACUUUAGUUCAGUUUAGUUCAAUUCAGUUUACUUUAGCUAACUUCAGUUUAAUUUAGAUGAGCUAAUUCCAGUCAAGUUUAAUUUAGUUCAAUUCAGUUUAGUUCUUAUUUGUUGCCAUAGACAAAACACUUUUUUUUUUUUGUUGAUAAAAACUUCCUUUUUUUAAACCGCAAUUGCACAAGCGGCAGUGCUGCGGGGUCGUUUAGGAACAGGGGAUUUCAAUAUUGUCCAGAUGUUCAAUGUGCGUA